GGCACAAGGAAGGAUAAGCCUAAUUUUCAUCUUACGAUGUUGACCUCCCUUGAUAAACUCCACUCCUGAAACCACAGAAGUCAUGUCUGUUGCUGAAACAGGCGACAAAGAUCGAGUAUGAGCACAGGAAAUCUGUGUGCAAAGCUUUGUCGGAGAUACUUGGGUAUCACGAUGGCAAACAAUGACAUGGAGCAGAACUGUUGCUACCAUAUCACCAAGGACAUCUUGGUCAAUGGCACACCAGGACCAGCGACAACCGCACGCAGCAGCGAUGAUCUCUACGAUAUGUCAUGUGACGCUCAAUCCCAUGAUGCAGCAUCGCCAAAUGUUUGUUUCCGCUUCCUGAAGGAGGUUGUAGCUCUUCUGGUGAAGGAGGUACUGAAGGAUGGCACUGACGUGAACAAGAAGGUUGUUGAAUUCCGGCAUCCUGACGAACUGAUGCGCAUUCUUGACCUGGAGCUGAUCUCUGAGCCAACCUCAAACAGUGAGCUGCUGCAACUCUGUCAGCAGAUUGUCAAGUACAGUGUUAAGACAGGUCAUCCGCACUUUUUUAACCAGCUGUAUGGCGGUCUGGACGAGCACGGACUGGCGGGGGCGUGGAUGACUGAGGCUCUCAACACAAGCCAGUAUACGUUCGAAGUAGCUCCAGUGUUCACGCUGAUGGAGAAAGUUGUGCUGGACAAGAUGCAACAGCUUAUCGGCUUUCCGGAGGGUGACGCCAUCUUCUGUCCAGGUGGGUCCAUUGCCAACAUGUACGCAAUCAACCUGGCUCGCUUCCACUGCUUUCCAGAAGUGAAACGCAAGGGUAUGAACGGCCUGCCGCGCAUGUGCAUUCUGACUUCCGAGAAGGGACACUACUCGCUGACGAAGGGGGCGGCACUGCUGGGGUUAGGGGAAGACAACGUGGUCAAGGUCACGACGGAUGCGGCAGGGCGCAUGCGUGCCGACGCUCUGGACAGCGAGCUGACCCGGCUGAAGUCGCAGGGACUGGUUCCCGUCAUGGUGAACGCGACUUCUGGCACGACUGUCAUGGGCAGUUACGACCCCCUGCAGCCCAUCGCCACCAUCUGCGAACGUCACGGCGUCUGGUUACACGUGGAUGCCGCAUGGGGCGGGUCGGUGCUGCUGUCCGACAAGCUGAGGUACAAGGUGAAGGGCAUCGAACGAGCUGACUCGGUAACAUGGAAUCCGCACAAGAUGAUGGGCGCGCCACUGCAGUGCUCGGCCUUUUUCACAAGGCACAAGAAUCUGAUGACAGAAAGCCAUUCGACCAACGCCGUCUACCUGUUCCAACAGGACAAGUUCUACGAUGUGUCAUAUGACACUGGCGACAAGUCUUUUCAAUGCGGGCGCAAGGUGGAUGUCCUCAAGCUCUGGCUCAUGUGGAAGGCCAAGGGAACUAACUGCUUCGCCUCAGAAAUUGAAAGCGCGUUUGACUGUGCGCAGUACCUGGCCAACAAGAUGAAAGUCACGGAAGGGUUCCGCCUGUUGUUGGAAGAGCCUGAAUGUACCAACGUGUGUUUCUGGUUCAUCCCACCCAGCCUGCGUAACCAGCCAGAGACAAAGGAGUGGUGGACUAAGCUUGGACAGGUGGCGCCUGCUGUGAAACGUAGGAUGAUGGAGGAAGGAAUGAUGCUUGUGGGUUACCAGCCCGACGGAGACCAUGUCAACUUCUUCCGGAUGGUGGUGUCCAACACCAGUUGUACGACCGCGAACAUGGACUUCGUGGUGCAGGAGAUCGCCCGCCUUGGGCAGGACUUGUAGCUAGUCUGUCUGGGGCAGGACUUGUAGCUAGUCUGUCUGGGGCAGGACUGGUAGCUAGUCUGUUUGGGGCAGGACUUGUAGCUAGUCU